AAACAAGAAGAAGCCAAAAAAUGCGGACCAACGGUAUAUCAUCAAACGAUUACUCGUGGACACUACAGUAAAUUGCGUUUUGUACAUUAGAAACAGUCGGUUAUUAAAACUGUUAACAUAAAAAUAUGGGAGCUUUCCUUCUUCAUUCUCAAACAAAACUCAGGUAGCCAACAAAAAAAAAAAAAAAAACAAUAACCCGAGCCUCUCAAAGAGCGGCGCAGCGCUACUCAAACCAGGGAUAUCAAUUAAAUUUCACGCUAGGAUUGGAUUAUUCAAAGGCAACUUGUAAGAACAUUAUUAGAAACAUUCGGUUAUUAAAACUGUUAACAUAAAAAUAUGGGAGCUUUCCUUCUUCAUUCUCAAACAAAACUCAGGUAGCCAAAAAAAAAAAAAAAAAAAAACAAUAACCCGAGCCUCUCAAAGAGCGGCGCAGCGCUACUCAAACCAGGGAUAUCAAUUAAAUUUCACGCUAGGAUUGGAUUAUUCAAAGGCAACUUGUAAGAACAUUGAUUCUUCCUGUCAAUUUUUGAUGAGUGCCUUCUGCCGACUCGAUUCAAAUAACGAAAACAACAAAGAAACAAAUAACGCGAUCGGCUACUUGUAAGAGAAAGCGGAAUUUCAAAAUAUUUGGUAAUGAUACGUUGAACAAAGUCCGUUAAAAUGUGUGGGAUUUUUCACAUGUGGAUGGCCAUGCGCUGCUACAAUUUCAGUGUUGUCAAUUGACUGGCCAACCUAUAUCCCAGUUAAGUGUUUUGGUGUUGUCCACAUUCUUUGUAAAACACAAUUCUAUUAAAUAUAUUUUUAUUUCCUACAUCUGCUUUGUUGAGAUGCAGUUAAUACAUUUUAAGGGUUUAGAAUUUAGACUUCAUAAAGUUCAUGUUAAGUGCUCACAAAUGGUUGCUGUCCAAUUACCGGAAAAUGGGCAAAGUUUUAUACCAUUAAUAAAGAAAUUCAAAGAUGUAUAAUGUUAUGAAUAAUUUGAAUGUUAUAAUCUAUAUAAGGAAAUGUAAACAAACAAAUAAUUAUGGAAUGUAGGACUAAUAUAAAAUGCAAACUCGAAGUUAUUCUUUGAGGAGGAGGGGGAAUUAUUUCAUAUUGUUAGAACCGCUGUAACCAUUUUUUUUUUAAAAUUAGCUAUACUUAAACUUGAUUAAGUGAUAAGUUCUUUCAUGAUGGCCACAUUUUCAAUUGUUAUCAUUGCAUUGUAAUUUUGGGCUAGUGUUAACUGAUCUGAAAACACGAACCUCAAACUCAAAGCUGAUAAAAUAAUUUCACAAAUGUUAAUGUGUCAAUUCUUAAUUUGAAAUCAAUCCAAUCAAAUUUCCGGGCUUAGUUCAGCAUGUGUAUGGGUUCGUUGGAUUUUCAUGUUUAUUCGUAUCAAGUUUCACACAUAUAUUGUUUCUAUACGUUUAAUAAAAAAAGACAACUUAGAAAAGAAAUGGUUUUCAUUUUAAACAAAUACAUAAAUAGAUAUUUUUAUUUAAAAUACGUAUAUGUAUGUAUAUAUAUAUAUAUAUAUAUAUAUAUAUAUAUAUAUAUAUAUAUAUAUAUAGAGAGAGAGAGAGAGAGAGAGAGAUGUGUGUCUAAUGUUGUGUAUACUAUUAUUGUGUGUUGUGUGUUUAUGUAUUAGGAACAGUUUUUUUUUUUUUUUUUUUAAAUAAUAUCUAAUCAUCAUAGCACGCUAAGCUUAUAUUGGAGCCCUUCACGAAGCAUUUUCAAUAUACAAGUUUGUAGUCUUUACAUAAUGGGACUUGAAGCAAACUAAAGAGAACAACUGAUCAGACAUUGGAAUCGCUAAAAAAACUUUUAAAGAAUGGCUUUCAGGGAUACGACAAUGCUGUGGAAAAUUGCUUUCUGCAUACAGCUAAUAGGUAAGUUCACGUGUUGCUAGCUUUUGUUUUAAAUUAUUUUAAAGAAAAAUAAAUGUUAUUUUUGUUAGUUUCUUUUUGCAAGGUGUUUAAGGUUGGUGAGGUUGAACUCAGCGAUGUUGGCUUGUUACAACAUGGUUAAAAUGAGUAAGGUUGUACUCAAAGAUAGUGGCUAGCUGCAACACGGUGAAGGUUGGUGGGGUUGAACUCAGACAAAGUUACCUUUUUGCAACAAUGGUUAUCGUUGCCGGCUUUUUAACGACUUAAACAAACUUUUAAUGCAUCUUUUUGGGGUUUUCUUGACCAAGCCCCCCCCCCCAUGUUCUGUUGAAAACUAGGCUCAAUUGUUGCAUUUUGGUAAAUUCACUAUGCUAGUGUUCCAUCUUUUACAAAAAUCCUGAAUCGUACCAUUUGUGUUAAAAUCAAUUUAAUGAAGAAACUCCGUUAUGUAUUUUCUUUUUCAUUAAUACAAUUUUUAAACUUAUAAUUUGAACUAAAACAAUUUAGAAAAAAAUUAUAUUUACUUUUAAAAAAAAAUAUAUCCAAAAAUACAUUACCACACUCUUAAGUGAUACAGCAUGUCUUACGAUUUCAUUUUAAAUAAAUUACGAUUAGCGAUCAUUCGAGUAGACGAUGGCCUUUCUUUGGCUUAUUAUCACACCGACUUUUAACCCGUCACUGAUAACUUAGCCUACAAACAAUGGAAAUUCUGUCCCAACUUUCCACAAUCACUGACGUCAGUUCACUCCUACUGAAACUCCACAUUUUUUUCUGGCCCAACCCAAAUGAAGUCACGAGAGAAAUUUUAAUAAUUGCACCAAGGUCCGUGCUGAGGGAAAAGCGUACAAUUGUAUCGUUUAAUUCAAUACAAAGGUCUUUCCUAAGGACGACCACCACCCCCUGAUAUUGCCAUCGGGGGCCAGUGCCCUCUUCACAUAUACAUAUAUAUAUAUAUAUAUUUAUUACAUUGCACGAUAUUAUAUUUUAUAACGGAUUUAUACGAAUGCCUUCGGGUUUAGUGUUCGUUUAUUUUUUUUUCUCAGCACUAAUAAUAUAAAAUAUGUGGAGUGGGGUGGGGGGGCGGGGGGGGGGUUCUGAAAAGGAAGCAGGAAGAACCAGAAGCCAAAUAUGUAAAAGAGCUAUCUCAUUGAACAAGACAAUCACAAAAUACCAUAAAAGUACUCACUGAAUGCUGUAAAAUUGUUAAAUAUCUAUAUGUGGAGUGGGGUGGGGGGGCGGGGGGGGGGUUCUGAAAAGGAAGCAGGAAGAACCAGAAGCCAAAUAUGUAAAAGAGCUAUCUCAUUGAACAAGACAAUCACAAAAUACCAUAUAAGUACUCACUGACUGCUGUAAAAUUGUUAAAUAUCUUUACUGUGUACAGCUUGAUAAAACAAUGAAUACAACCAACGAAAGGUUCCUAAACUUUGCACCCCAUCACCCAUGCACCAUUAGACACAACACUUGGUAUCACUCAUCUCGUAAUAAAAUUCUACUCAUCAAAAAUCUUCCCAAUAGCGUAUAGAAUGUAUUCAUUCAUUUAAAUCCUCACAGAUUAUACCAUUGCAUUGGAAAUGAUAUUGGUGUAUGCGUUAUAUAUUUAAAUACUUUUUAAUCCUUCGUAAGGUAUUAUUUUCAUUAAAAAAAAAAAGAAAUAAAUGGUGACUAAAAAAUAUUAGUAUCAAUCAAUUAUUUAAAUUAUCCUCCAGGUUUCAUUUUGGCUUUGAUUGGUUUCGGCAUCAACUACCUGGCCACGGCCUCGUGGGGACAGAAAUCGGCAAACGGCGGGCUGUGGAAAUACUGCUACAACGGAGAUUGUUUGGACACCAGUGACCUACUCACCUAUAACAAAUACAGCGUCGGUGAGUACCCACUAAUUUGUUAUAUAAUGAUACACACACAACUUUGAUCGGUCAUCUUAAACAGUGAAAAAACCCUAUACGAAUUGAGACGCCUCACCAAGCCGUCCGGCAUGACAAAUGUAUUCAAAUUCAUCGUCUCACUAGUAACGGAUUGGGGGGGGGGGCCUCUCUUGAAAACCCAUGCUGACCAACCGGAAUGACUAGUUUUAUUAGUUCAUUUCUAUACCUGUUUAUUGUGAAAAGCCAUUAACAUGUCGGACACAUGCACACGGUUUCUGUACGAGACCUUGUGUGGGGGGGGGGGGGAGGAGAAACAAAGGUUUUGGUAGGAGGCGUUCCCUUUGAAAUAUCUGUCAUGUGUCACGUGAUGUAGUGGCUCUUUGGAUCACCUUGAAGAGUCCAUCAUGUGUCACGUGAUGUAGUGGCUCUUUGGAUCACCUUGAAGAGUCCAUCAUGUGUCACGUGAUGUAGUGGCUCUUUGGAUCACCUUGAAGAGUCCAUCAUGUGUCACGUGAUGUAGUGGCUCUUUGGAUCACCUUGAAGAGUCCAUCAUGUGUCACGUGAUGUAGUGGCUCUUUGGAUCACCUUGAAGAGUCCAUCAUGUUUCACGUGAUGUAGUGGCUCUUUGGAUCACCUUGAAGAGUCCAUCAUGUGUCACGUGAUGUUGUGGCUCUUUGGAUCACCUUGAAGAGUCCGUCAUGUGUCACGUGAUGUAGUGGCUCUUUGGAUCACCUUGAAGAGUCCGUCAUGUGUCACAUGAUGUAGUGGCUCUUUGGAUCACCUUGAAGAGUCCGUCAAGUGUCACAUGAUGUAGUGGCUCUUUGGAUCACAUUGAAGAGUCCGUCAUGUGUCACAUGAGGUAGUGGCUCUUUGGAUCACCUUGAAGAGUCCGUGAAGUGUCAAAUGAUGUAGUGGCUCUUUGGAUCACCUUGAAGAGUCCAUCGCUGAUAACAUAUAGCUCUUUAGAUAACAUUGAAGGUUCCGUGACAGGUCAGGUUAUAUCGUGCCUAUUGAGUCACAUUGAUGUACCCAUUAUAAGUAACAUGAGAUGCCCAUUGAAUCACAUGGAAGAGUCCAUCUUGGGUAGCAUGAUGUGCUCAUUGUUUCAAAUGGAAGAGUCCAUCUUGGGUAACAUGAUAUGCUCAUUGUUUCACAUGGAAGAGUCCAUCUUGAGUAACAUGAUGUGCUUAUCGAAUCAAAUGGAAGAGUCCACCUUGGGUAACAUUAUUUGUUCAUUAAACAACAUAGAGGAGUCCACAAUGGGCAACAAGAAACAGGGAUUUAUCUUACAACCAAUGCGUUUCAGUGUGAUGUCAAUAUAUUUUUGUUGAUUAUUUCACUCCCAAAACAAGCUACAUAUUAGAGGCAGGUCCAUACGGCUCCAUCUACCAUACAAUUAAUUUCUUCGGUGACUGAGCCACGUGCCACUUCGAUUAACAAAAAAUUCGCUAAUGCAGCGGUUCUCAAACUGUGGGUCGCGACCACUUUAGGGGUCCCCUAAGACCAUCGAAAAACAAAUAUUUAUGAAGGAGCAAUGAAAAUUAUUUUAUGUUUUGAGGUCGCCACAGCACAAGGAGCUGUAUUAAAGGAUCGCGUCUGUAGGAAGUUUUAGAACUACUGCACCAAUGAAUUAUUCCUAAACACAGUAAUCAGUCUUCAUACUUGUAGCGCUCCACUCUAAACCAGAAUUAUUCUUUCUUACAAAAUCAGUAGAUUAACAAAUGAUAAAUAAAUUGGCGUGUCAUAAAAAAACAGCAUCGUCUCAUAAAAUUACAUUUAAAAUCCCUCUCGUAUAGGACCAUUAAAACAAUUGUACACCAUUAAAAGCAAUAUUGUAUGAUUUUAUAUUUCGUUUUAAAUCUCUGUUUAUUUUACUUUAUAGGAAUUUGCAUGUUAUCAAUAAGUCCCCGAAUGUUUUUUUUUUUUUUUAAAUUGUUAUUCGCUAAAUCACCAUGUGAUACUUCAUACAAAUAAAAUAAAUAGGCUGCGACUAUUCGCACCCGGGUAUUAGAAGUGAGAGAUAGGGAUUAAAAACUAUUUAAAAUAUUAUUGUUGGGUUUGUAAGACAAAAGGAGGUAUCAAAUGAAAGAUCAUUGAAUGGACUCUAUAUUUUUAAACUAACUUCCUCAGGGUAUAACUAAAAUAAACUACCGCAAAUGACAUCUGAAUGGGAUUUAGUCUAAAGGGACCCGGGUGUGAACAGAGGCGUAGCGAGCGGGGGCAGGGGGGACAGAUGUCCUCGGGCGCCAGCUAGUUAGGGGCGCCAAAAUGUGCUUUGAUUUUUAUAUUAUUGGUAAAAAUAAUGGGUUUGAGGGUUGAAAACAAGAAAAGGGGGCGCUUUAAAAUGGAUCUGGUCCCCGGGUGCCAAACACCUUCGCUACGCCUCUGGGUGAGAAUAGCCACUUCGUAAUUAAUAUACCACAUCAUCAGUUUGGUUGGACACAAGUAAAGGCAUGAUGAGCAUCUCCUUAGCGGCAGAGUUCGCCACAAUUGGCUUGACGACGUUAGCGUUCUUGUCGACGCCGACAAAGCUCAUCGGACUGUGCACUGCAGCGGUGUCGGGUAUUUCAGGUAAGACAGGUAUAUCACGUGAAACAGAUGGUGUUAAAAGGGGUAGAAAAAUUAGUUCCGGAGGACUGUAGAUUGUAACGCAAAAAAAAGCUUCAUUUUUUUUUUUUUACAAAUGGUUCACAUGGAUAAAAAAAAAACCAACAAAACAACAAACAAACGAUUCUCGCCUUGUAAAUUUGAACGAGAGUUAAUUAGCGCCAAAUAUGUUAAUAUAAUAAAAAUACAAUUUUAUUUUAUUUUUUUAAAUUUUAAAUUGAUGGUAUAUUAAAAUAUGGUAUUUAAGAUAAAACUGCUGUUUCCUUGGUGCAAAUCAGACUCAAAGUAUAUAGUUAAAAUAAUUUCUGCUCCCUUUUCCUACAGGGGUUCUUAUUAUGAGUGACUCCAACCUUGACGAUUUCAAAAACAUUGCUCGCAUCCAGAACCCCCUCCCCCUUCCCCCCCCCCCCAAUCCACCGAACGCACAAAAAAGAAAAAAAAUGUGUAAAUAUAAUCUAACAUCUGCUUAAAAGGAAGGAAAAUUAUGUAGUGUGGUCCCCCUGGAAACUGGCUACGUCACUUUGGUAGUGCCGCCUCCCCUCAAACUGCCUACGGGAAUUAAGUAGCGCGGUCAUCCCUGAAACUGUCCACGGAAUUUGGGCAGUGUGGUCAGCCUUAAAUAAAAAUUGUGUGCGGAGGGGAGUUGGAGAAGGGGGGGGGGAAGGGGGAGGGGAUUCGUAUUAAGUCCCCUUACUUGUAUGCAUAUUUUAUCAAAUUUUUCGGCCCCGCAACACUUUGUUGGAUUUUACAUUUGAUAAAGGAUCUUUAUAAAAGAAUUGUCUUCAGUGGUUGUUUGAUUUGUUGCGUUUCUUGGUUGAUGUCAAUUGUUUUCGACAUUGCUGAAGGUUUUUAUUUAUUUUUUGCGUAUCUUUAAAAGAAAAUUAUUAUUUUUUUUUUAUUUUUAACGUUCUCCAAGUGCAUUUCUUUUCAAAUUAUACACUGGUCUUAUUAUAUUUUUUUUUCAGUUGUCUUUGGUGUAAUCGGCGUUGCCGUUGGCGCUGGGGAAAGCAAGCGGGUCUUAAACGACAUUGGCAAGACCCAGAUGUUCGACGUUGGCGCGUCCUUUUAUCUGUUCAUGGUCGCUCAAGGUGUGUUUCUAUUGGCUGCUGCUUGUCACGGGAUUGACUCGAGGUCAAGGUCAAGGCAAGAGCCGAAUCCAUCAGUUACUUAAAUGACGGAAUUCCUUUUUGCACUAUGAGAGUAUUUAAGACAUGGGCUGUUCAAAACUCUGAAGUUGUUUGUUUUUUUUAAGGAGGAGGCCUGGUUUAUAUGGAAUAAUUAUGUGAAUUUAUUUUAUAAGCAAAAAACAGUUCUGGACGAAAGAGAUGAUUUGACGAAACAGAUGAUAUGAUGAAACAGAUGACUCAAUGAUAGAGAUUAUUUGAUGUAACAGAUGCUUUGGUGAAACGGAUGAUUUGAUAAAACAGAUGAUUUGAUACAAAAGAUGAUUUGAUGCAACAUAUGAUUUGAUAAAACAGACGAUUUGGAUAAAACAGAUGAUUUGAUACAACAGAUGAUUUGAUGAAACAGAUGAUUUUUACUAAACAGAUGAUUUGAUACAACAGAUGAUUUGAUGAAAGACAUGAUUUGAUGAAAUGAAAAGCAAUGCUAAUCCAGUACCCAGCGGUGGAUUGGAAUCAUUCUCUUACUCUUCAUAUCAGUGAUUCAUUUUUAUAAACAAUUGAUCUUCUCCCUGCCAAAAUCUGAGAAUGUUAUAUUUCGCACUAAUGUUUAUGAUAACCUAAUGACGUCUUAAACAUAUUUCAUUGCUUUCAUUGAUCGCUUAUUUUUCAUUAAAUAUUGAACAUUAUUUUUCAUGUAUGAUGUCAAUGUUCUAAAUAAGAAACACGUGUGGAAUGUGAAAAAAAAAAUCUCUCUUAUAUAAAUAUUUUAGUUGUUUUAAAACUAGCCAAUAAAAUCGUUGUAUCCAUGUGAACGAGUGAUAUAUUUUCCCUUUCUUCAUGAUCAUUUCACUUUAUUUGGUAAGUCGCAAGUUUCUUCUCUAUAUUCUAUACAUAACCUUAAAGGACCC